GCAGGACAGCGGAGACGGAGGUCCGGGCUCCGGUAGCGAGGAAGCCGGAUCGCUGCCUGAUGAAUGCCCGGCGGUCCCUGCUCGGCCUUUGCUUUUGCACCUGCUACCUGGCUUCUCACCUCACGAACAAGUAUGUCCUGUCUGUCCUGAAAUUUACCUACCCUACAUUAUUCCAAGGGUGGCAGACACUCAUCGGUGGACUUCUGCUUCACAUGUCAUGGAAACUGGGCUGGGUGGAGAUCAACAGCAGUUUAAGAUCUGAUGUGUUGACGUGGCUUCCUGCUUCGAUGCUGUUUGUUGGUAUAAUCUAUGCGGGGUCCAGAGCUUUGUCUAGACUGGCGGUUCCUGUGUUUUUCAUUUUGCAUAAUGUUGCUGAAGCUCUCAUCUGUGGGUACCAGAAGUGUGUCUGGAAAGAGAAAACAUCGUUUACAAAGACCUGUAGUGCCCUCUUCCUCUUGGCUGCUGCAGGAUGCCUUCCCUUCCAGGAUUCUCAGUUUGAUCCAGAUGGAUAUUUUUGGGCUGUAAUUCAUCUGUUUUGUGUAGGGGCUUACAGAAUACUCCGGAAGGCCCAGAAGCGCAGCGUGCUAAGUGACAUUGACCAGCAGUACUUAAACUAUGUAUUCAGCAUGGCACUCCUGGCAUUUGCAUCUCAUCCUACAGGUGACCUCUUCGGUGCCCUGGACUUUCCAUUCCUGUAUUUCUACAGAUUCCACGGCAGCUGCUGGGCCAGUGGAGUUUUAGGAUUCUUCCUCAUGCUCAGUACAGUCAAGCUCAGAAGCAUUCUGGCCCCAGGGCAGUGUGCGGCCUGGAUCUUCCUUGCUAAGGUCAUCACAGCUGGCCUGUCACUGCUGCUGUUUGAUGUAAUCCUGACCAGAGCAACUGUGGGAUGCUUCCUGCUCGGUGGACUUGGUGAGGCCCUGCUGGCGUUCUCAGAGCGGAGGAGUUCCUCAUGAAGAUGGGCAAGGGAAGGAAGCAGACAGCUUGCCACCCGCCAGAGAGAGCGACCGA